AUGGAUCAGCUGGUUCUGGUGUUGGUGCUGCUGUGGAGCUCAGAACUCCAGACUGCAGGAAGAUCAGAUCCCGGUGCUGAUGUGAGGCUGGUGGGGGGAGGCGGUCCCUGUGCAGGAGCGCUGCAGGUGAAGACGGAUGGAGACUGGAGGCAGAUGGGUGGCAUCUUUUCUUACUGGAGCCUGCAGUCAGCAGCUGUAGCGUGUGAACAGCUGGGUUGUGGCUCUGCUGUCUCAACAGGAAUCAGGAAACAUACCUCACACACAUCUGUGUGGAGGUUCGACUCUGAAUGUGUUCAGUCCGGAUCUGCACUGAGCAUCUGUGUAAGAACCAAGUCUCAGGCUUCCUCUGAUGUUCUGGAGGUCACCUGCUCAGACUCUGUCAGGCUGGUGAAUGGGACUAGUCUGUGUUCAGGCAGACUGGAGGUGAAGUCUGAUCAGUCGUGGUCCUCAGUGUGUGAAGCUGACUUUGACCAGCAGGAUGCAGAGGUGGUCUGUAGGGAGCUUGGCUGUGGGGCUCCUUCAGUCCUCCAGGGGGCGCUCUAUGGAGAAGUGGAGGCUCCAAUGUGGACCAAAGAGUUCCAGUGUGGAGGCCAUGAGUCUGCUCUCCUGGACUGUAGAAGAUCAGACUCAGCUAGAAGAACCUGCUCACCUGGUAAAGCUGUUGGACUCACCUGCUCAGACCCAGCUGACGUCCGGUUGGAGGGAGAACUCUGCAACGGCAUCCUGCAGAUGAAGCUGAACCACAGCUGGAGACCAGUGUACGACUCUGACUGGACCCUGAAGUCAGCAGCUGAAACUUGCAGGCAGCUGAAGUGCGGUAAUGCUGUUGCAACAGGAAGUAGUCAGUACCCAUCCAUCGAUGUGUGGUGGAUCAGUUCUGAAUGUGUUCGGUCUGGAUCUGCACUGAGGGAGUGUGUCCGAGCCGGGCCUUGGACUUCCUCUUCAGUCCUGGAGAUCAUCUGCUUAGAUGAGCUGUUCCCUCAGCCAAUCAUCUCUGUGCGGUCCUCCGUAGACGGGGUUUCCGGGGCCCAGCAGCAGGGCUUCCAGCUGUCCAGAGGCUCCAGCUUCUCCAUCAGCUGCUCCGUCCAGCCUCGGUACGCAGGAGGCUCCUUCCAGCUCACCUUCACCUCCUCCAACACCACCCACAGCUACACCGAGGCAGCUGGCAAUCACUCUGCCGACUUCCUGUUUCCUGCUGCAGAGCCCGCCCACCAAGGAAGCUACAGCUGUGUUUACAGCGUCUCCGUCUCCUCUCAUAACUUCUCCAUCAGCAGUCAGCUGCUGUCUCUCACUGUCUCAGGUGCAGCAGGUGCAGCGUGGUCCAGACUGCUGGUUGUGCUGCUGGUCCUGCUGCCCAUCAUCACCGGCCUGGUCCUCUACAGGAAGGCCAGCAGGGGGCAGAAGCAGAACCUGCAGCCAGACAUGGAGCUGCAGGAUUAUCAGCCAGCAGAAGGUUCUGCUGAGGAGGAAGCAGCAGAGUAGCAGCUGAGUCUGAUCUGAGUGGAGACUUACAGCCUUCUUACUUCUGCUACAGUUACAUUUAUUCUGAUUAAA